GACAGAUUCAAAAAUAACAACACCAGCGAACGGAAUAUUUUCAAUUUGCUUGUGAUAAUUUCUACAGCAGAUCUUGCGAAUUUUUCAAACUUCUAGUUUUAGUGACAUUUUUGAAGCUAUUGUUCGGUUUAUUUAUCAUUGAGCCAUUCGCUUACGUAAACUUUUGGUUGCAAAACUUUAGCAACUGAAGCGUUUUUAGUGCCUAUCCACUGCAUCGUUAUUACAAUCAAGGAAGUCGGAAGUGAGCAAAGCAAAACUCCAGGAAAUCGACGAAUCGGGCGGUUUCAAACUUAUCGGGACUCGUACUAUAACGGGACAAAGACAUGCAAUCCGAUGAGCAAGGCCUGGAGCGUGACUGUUUCGGCCUGGAGGGUGACAACCCACAACAGCCUGCCCCAGGGCAUACUGGUUCCGGUUCUGGCAACGUUCGUUCUCGGGUCCGCUACUGGCUCAACGAUAUUGUCGAUGAGAUGCGCAAAAAGAGCCCCGCCUCUGUCCAGAAAUGGGUGGACUCCAUACAGAUCCCGACGCCGACCGUUGAUGACAGUACAGCACGAUCGGGUCCAUCGUCUAGCCAGUUAGCAGGACAACAAAAGCCGGCGAAUCCGGUAGAGCUACACUCGAGGACGACUGAAUCUGGCGAGUCUGAAUCUGAGUUUGAUCGAGAUAUCAACGAGGAUGUACUUAGGGAGGAGGAUCCAGUAAUCACCUCUGAUGAGGAUUUGGUUCCUACGGAAUCUCCUGUCGCUACGGAGAGCAAGUCCAGAUCGAUUAAAUGUAUACUGUCGAAGAAGCUUGAAAAGUUCAGCCGCAGUAGCGUUCAGCUUGAACAAGACGAUCCUGGAACAACAGAACAGAAACAGGAUCCACACGUGGCAGAAUCUCGAAAAAGCUCUUCGUUGUCAUCGAUAGGAAAGAUCAAGAUCAACGAGUUCUAUGAUAAACUAAGUUUGAACAAAGCAAAGUAUAAUCUGAUGAAAACAAAAAAGAUCGGUAUUCGUAAUAUGCUAGGAACAAGCAAAGAGAACUUAACGCAAAAGAUGCAGCAACGCCAGCUAGACACAUUCUUGCCAAAAGUUUCAGGUGUAUCCGAAGAUGUAAAUGCUGCUAUUGCAGAAAGCACCGAUGAGUCUAAAUUGCACCAAUCAGAGCAGGCAAGUGAAAAGCUAAGCUCCAGUGAUAUUUAUGAGUUCUCGUUCGAUGAAACUUUUCCAAAGGACGACGACCUUCCUGAUGCAAGUGAAGACGAAGAAAAGGAAAACUUCGAUAUACCAGAAGAAAGUUAUAGCACUUACCUGAUUCCCCCCAAGAGCUGCCCCCGAAUAGGUAUAGGAAGAAUUGGUCGCAGCUCAAGUGAAAAUCCUCGUACCAACAAGCGCUUCAAUCUGUUGGAAAUUGGACGAAGCUUCAGCGAGAUGAACGAUGACGAUAAUUUUGUGAUUAAUGAAUGCAACAAUAGCUGUCCGAAUCCGUCGUCGCUGAAUACAAGUUCCAGCAUCAAUAAUAGCAGCAGCAACAUUCUAGCACGGUCGGUCCCGGUUAGCCCAGUCCCGCGAACGUCCAGUAAGAUUAGCAUCCAGCAGGAUAACUCACUCUCAGAAUUUCCUAGGCGACGAAGUGCGAUGUUAAUCAAAGAUAGUUCUUUGCAGUCAGAUUCUAGCAGAUGUUCGAGCGUAGAAAGUUUGUUGAAUGCACGGAAACCAGACCCGGAAAAGAUAUUACUAAAUCUUGGGUUCGGACCGGCGCCACACAGUGGUGAUGUUUUGUCGAAAAUCCCUAAAAGGUUCCUCAAACCAUCACAGGUACGAGGCGUCGACACGGAAGCCUUCCUGCGUCAGCAGCAACUAUCAAUGCACAUUCACGAGAAUAGCGUUCUUGGGUACCGUGGUCUUGUCGGCAAUCCACACAUCCCUCCAUCUAUGAUAGUAGCUAAAAUAAUGGAGCGUUUUCAGGAAAACGAACGUGGUCGCCUGGUACGCAGUAGCACUAUCGCAGCCGGGAUGUCCAGACCGGCACCGACCGGACACUUGCCGGAAAGCCGUAACUCAUCAGGACCUCCGUCACCGAUUCCCAUCUUGCGCCACUCAUCGCUUGCCUCCUAAGUGCGGAUUAAGUACUAGAACACACAAAUCUUGCCGUAUUAAAUUUAGUUUAUGCCGAUUGUAGCGACUCCUAUAUACAUAUUACGCCUGAAACUCUUUAGGUUUUAGUUGGUUUCUCCGUAUUCAAUCGGACGACUAAGCAAUACCCAAGUAACCAAAAGCAUUAGCCAUUGCACAAGAUUGGCUAUACAUUCGCAAUAAUUUUGCAUUAAUACUCCAUUUCAGCAUUAACAAUUCAAUCAAGCUCUAUAUUUACAUUGCAACUGCAUACAAAAAAGUAGCAUUAUGGCCAGCUCUAUAUACGUAUCUAAUGCUGAUAUAACGCAUACUCAAGUAAUCAACUGCUUUAAAUUUGAAUAUAGGGCGGUCUUAAGGAGCCGCUAAGCCUUAUUUUCUGAUAUUAAUGCAAGAGAAGACGAAAUAAUGUGCUAUUGUUCUAUGCUAUAUUUCAUUCUAAGGAGAAAAAAUUGGUAAAAACCAAAAUUACUCACUAGGACAAAAGUACUUUUGUUGUAUUGAGAUUGACAGCCCGUUUUCUGCAUUACUAUUGCUAUUAUAUAACACCAAUGUAUAAAUGUCAAAUUUGGAGCCUAAUAUCGGCACUACUCAUGCUAUUGGAAAGCUUCAAUAGGCACUGUUUUUGCAACGCUUUUUUGUUUUGUCUUUUCAGUGUGGUGAACAAAAAGGAGGAAUAUUAAAAGACUGUUUAGAACUAUAAUUGGCUUCCUUCUAGUGCCGUGUAAUGGAUAUUGUAACCUUAACGGAAUUUGGUUCUCACACAAUAUGAAUAAAUUUUUAAGAGAAGUAUCUUUAGUAAGUCUCGAACUUUGCCUCGUCCUUGACUACAAGUGCGCUGCUUUUGCUGCCAUAAAAUAUGCCAAGUAUAAUUCUCAAGCGGAGAUGCUUAACGAAUAAUAUAAUAGAACUAAAUGUAUAUGUAAUGCAUACAUACUUUAAAGAUCCUUGAAGCGUUUACGAGUUAUAUCAGCAUUAGCUGGCAAUAAUGCUACAUUUCGGUUGUGGUUGUAUGCAUUUACGAUGCAAAUAUUGAGCUUGAUUGAAUUGUACAUGCUGCAAUGGGGCUUAAUGCCACAUUAGUGCAAAUGAAUAGCCAUUUUUUGCAAUGGCGCAAUGCUUAUAGUAACUAGGGUAGACAGGAAAGUAGCUUGGUUGGUAUUGCGUUCAUUAUCGAUUGUAGAAGAGUUGAGUACAUAAUUACUUAUUAAUAGUUAGUACGAAUCGACAUUCCUCUUUGGGACCUUCGUUAUACGCUUUGUUCAAUAGUUGUCUGCUGGUAUUAUCCACUACCUAGAGAUGUGCGCAUGGCAUAACUUAAAACCAAUAUAAAUUUUUAAUUUGAAAAAAAUAUGUCAUUUUGUCAUAGAGCGGGUGUACUCGCAAGCGUAAUCAUAUUGUUAUUAAACCUCGACUAUACGACGAUGAUAUGAAAAGUCCCUGGCCUAAAUGAUAAAUCAGGACUUUACCAUCGCUGGAUAAAUGCCACCCAUAAACGUUGGCCUAUCACUAUACACCACAAGCGGAAUGACAGUCAAUGCAGUGGAUUAAAUAGAGGGUGACCAUAUCAAGAGAAUAAAAUCUCAGGACAGUCCUAAGGGUGCUUCCCCCACUCUCCUUAUAACUAUCUCGAACGUACCCGACGAAAUUCUCCUUCCGUUUUCAGCAGACUUAAGAAAAUUCUGGGGUCUAACAGGCAGAACUCUGUUAACCCUCCGGAAGUUGCGCAAAUGGCUUACUGAAUGAGCACCCGCUGGUACUCUAAGACAAUUUCGCUAGAUUUUCAGAGCAACGUCACUCAGUGCACUAGCGCGACUGCCGGAAGGUUAAAAUGUCUUUGGAAAGUAUUCAAUUACCGAACACUUCUUCGGAUUUGAACACAUGCGGUUCAUGUUCACCACAGACAGCGAAGGUAUCAAGCUGUUGCUGGAGAAAUUUGCAAUCUUCAAUUGAGCGAAUGAGACGAAAUAUUUUGAGAUGUUCUGCGAAGGACCGGAGAUGAGUGUAGCACUAAAUACAUGACAUUGAAGUAAAACAGAAACAUCAACGGUCCCAACUAGCUUCACUGCUCCAUUCCUGACGGAGAUGUAAAUGCACAACACUUAUCUCUCGAUUUGUAAGCGGAGAUCGAAACAACUGCAAUAACUACCGUUGAUUCUAAAUAUCUUUGUUUAAGCGAUUGUUGUAUCGGCAUUCAUUUAACAAAAGCGGAUAAUAUUAGUUUAAAUGCGAUGUCCCAUACUUCCUUUUAUGUAGAAUGUGAGACACGGCAGUUAAGCCGGUGUUCAACGUUCAGAAGAGAAGCCAUGUUGGUCGUCGAUUAGAUACUGCUUGCAUUGAAGCUGCUGGUGGUUCCAUAAUCACCAGCUACACUAAAAAAACUAAACACGUUAACAUUAUGUAGACAUCUAUUGAAUUAUUUCAAUCGACAAACACAUGAAAUGCACACGGUUGCCAUUUGAAUAUUCAUUCGAGUGUGGGGAAUAUGGUUUUCAAAGGGAAAUCAAGCGAAUAUUGUGUGAAAAGCACAUCAACAUCAUAAAAAAUACCAUUAACCCUAGAUCGUUGCACUUGCGUUUUCCACCCUAGAACGUUGCACUGGGGUAUAAAUGUACCCCACGCGUUUGAUUGCAAUUUUCGAAGGUAAAAAUACAAACAAAAGAAAUGAAUAAUACAUUUUCUUUCGUUUUUCAAUUGCAAAAACAGCUGUAUAAGUGAAAGUAAGGAAUUUAUUGAAUCAAUGAUGCAUGAAUUGGUUUGAACAAAAUAAAAAGUGAAAAAAUCGCGGCUUUGACUUUUUUCGCAAAAAUUAUUAUAACUUUGCAAAAUUUCAACCGAUUUGAAAAAAAUCAAAUGAUUCUAAAAGUUGAAAGAAUGGUGUAAAACGGUGUAAAAUGGUAUUUCGAUAUUUUUGUAAUUUGUAUUUUGAAGAAUGAAAGUUUAAAAAUCGUGUUUUGAAAAAUACCACGAAAUGGGGUGGAAAUUAAAAUGAAAAAAUAUUUCUGACCAGUAAUACAUCGGUAACACGCAACGUUACUGUUACAGCAGUUAUUGUGCGCACUUGCGAGCCACUGCUUUGAAAAACUAUAAAAAAUGAACAAUAAAAAUCAGCAAAAAUGAGAACGAUUUUGUGUUCCACUUCAAAAUUAAAUUAAAUUAAUUAAAUAAAUUAUUAAAAACGAUUAUAUAAUACUAAUUGUUACUUACGUAGUAAAACAACCAGUAUUCAAACUGGUAUUGUCACGAAUCACAUUUCCACUAACAGCACGAAACCUGACGAAACACUAACGGCAACCGUACACUGGGGUACAAAUGUACCCCACGCCAACUUUGACACCUGCAUCCACAAAGGCUAUAAGCAAACUGGCUAUACCACCUUUUUCUACUCUUACUAGGAAUUCUAAAUUGAAUUAUGGUUAGGGUCCCAGGUCGGUAAAUGCCGAAUUCUCGUUUUCACACGGCUUCAAAGAAGACGUGGUGUACAUUUGCACCCCAGUGUAAUGUUCUAGGGUUAACUAAGAUUUCCAAAUGAAUAUCACUUCGUUUUACUUAUAGCUUUAAUUGGCAGAAGAAUCGGUAAAUUCAAUUGUUUUACAUGCAGAAUUGCACUACAUGUUUUUCAUGCGAAAGUCAUGUGGAAAGUUCAUUAUUUACAACUCACUAGCAUGCCAAUGAAUAUUCAAUGGAUAAAUAUCGUAUUCGCGUGGAAUUUGAUUGAUUUUAAUUUGAAGCACCAUAUGAAGUGCGUUUUAAUGGAUUUCCAUGUGAAAUUCAAAGGGAAAUCAUUUACUUUUUAACAUGAGAACGCACAUUAAAGUGAUGUUUAAUUUCAUAUGGUUUUAUCGUGUAUAUUAUUUUCAGUGUAGAUAUAGUAUCUAACAAAAUUACUCACGAUAGUUGUUGAUGUCGCAUCUCUUUCCCUUUUAUGGACCAUGUUUUCUAAACUGGCGUGCACGUAAUGAUCAAACUAAACUGCAAUUAAUAUUCAUAAUAAUGACGUUUAAAAAAUUUAAAAAAAUAUUAUUCUUUUUUAAAACAAAUGUACCAAAAAGAAAUAAAAUUUUUGUGUACUUUUCGGAAGAAUCUUUUUUUUAGGAAUCAAAAAUGUCAUUCUACAGAGAAGUUAUUAACACGAAAAUUAAAUAACACUUUUUGUUUAAUUCCUGAGGCCUUACCAUACACGCCGUGUACCGUUGCAUAAACGGCAGAUUCCAAUUUGAGCAAUCAUAUCUCAGGAAUGACUGAGUAUUUUAUAAUGAAAUUUACACUGUAGUUGUGUUCAAUAAAGUAUAAUAACUAUGAUACGUUACAACUUUGACAAUGAAUAUUUUUAAUCCACUAUAGGUCGAAUAAAAUCCGUCUAUAGGGGAAGCUUCCUUUAAAUGUAUUGAGAGCUAAAAUAUCUCUGAGUAAAUGCUUUUUUUCAUUUUUGGGCCAGGGACUUUUCAAACCACUCUCGUCGCUUUCUGAUUUUUGAACUAACAAAAACAUAAUUAAAUUCAGCUUACAUGGUGACAAUCGGUUCACGUAGUUUAUGUUAGCCACGAUUUCGUAAAAUUACCUAAAAUUGAGUUCUUUUGACUCAAUUUUGAGGUAUCGUUCAGUAAGGUGAUUUUAGGUAAACUACGCUAAAGGCAGUUUCCGUUUAACCACGUCAAAAAGCACAAUUCUUUACAAGGCUUUUUAUACUCAAUCUCGGGUUUAAGUGUACUCCAAUUUAAGGGGUUAUAUAUAAAUUGAGGCUAAAAAAUCGAAAAAAAAUUAUUGCAUAUUCUGGAAGUACAUACUUUCGAAAAUAUUUGUGCGAAAUUUUAUCCAAAUCGGAGCACUUCAUUUCAAACUACAGUCGUCCACAGCGCGCUGGAUCCAUCUCAGAAUGAAGUUAACACGAAACUGUGAACGCGAUUAUCUCGGAAUGGAGUUUCUUGAAAAGGACCGAUGCGGUGGACGUGAUAUCUCAAAAACUACUCAACCGCUUUUCAUAUUUUUUAAAUUGUUCGUAUUCACAUGCUCGUGUACUUGAACGGUUUUUUUCAUCCAAAAAUUUUCGAGUCAUUGCAAUGAAUUAUUGUUUUAAAUUUUGAGCACCUCUAACAUCGAUUUUUAGUCAACAUUUUUAAUGGAUUGUUUUUUGAUAAGCCAAACCGUUCAAUACACUUUUCUUCAAUAAUUUUCCUACUUUUUUUGGAUUCGGUUGAGCGGUUGGUCUGCGAGUGUUCACCGAAAGCUUUUGCGAAAAAAUGGGCUUCAGGGGGCCGGCCAUAACUCCGACAAUUUUCAAUAUUUUUUGUAAUACAGCUUGUUUUUAUUUUCUUCGAUAGUACUACUAACAAGUAAUAUUUCGCUUUUUCAAACAACACUUGGAUAAAACCAUUUAAAAAAAUCACGAACCUAGCUCACUUUUCCCCUUAACUCAACAACCCCUUAAAUUAAAUUUACUUAAUUUUGAGUAUUGCUCAAACAACUCAGAAGUAUCAUAUUGAACGAAAGUGCUAGACUGAGUCGAAUCUUCCGUUUCAUUUUUGACAAUUCUAAUAAGUGCGAAUGAGAUUACUAACAUUACCUACAUACCGCCUUAUUUGAAAAAAAUCGAUUUUUUUACUUUAUCUGAAAGUACAACUUUUUGAAAACAUUUCGACACAGAUCUUUCAUUAGGGCCUAAGUCGCAAUGUACUCAAAUGGAGAAAAAUCAGUUUCAAUAUUCGGCGAAGGUUUUUUAAAUGUAGUUUUUAUUGUAGGUAUAAAUUAUUUUAUGACCGUGUUUUUCCGGAAGCAUUUUUCGUUAAACCUUAUGACAAUAUAACAAAGAAUUUAAUUCCUAUGUGCUUUUAGUGGGUAGAAACUAAAAAAAUGUCGUGAUUUCGCCCUUCAGCAACUACCAUUUGCGGAAACCGUGUACGUAAUUUUUAGAAGGGCGUAAUUUUUAGAAGGGCGCGGUAAAUGGGCUAAACUGACUCUGUCUUGCUGGGUAGGGCUGGGUAAAUGGGCGAGCUUGACAGUAUACUUUUUAAUAGGGCUCAGCAAAUGGGCGCAUAGAAACCCAAUGUAAAAGAAAGGGCGCGUGAAUCUUUUCUUCAAAUUUCAUGAAAAUAUCGAAAUAUUCGAAUGUUUAUGUGCAACAACUAUCGAGUAGACAUGAUCAUAGUAGAUAUUGCUUAUCAUUUAUAUAACAGAACCGCCGUUUAUUCUUUUAUUUGUGAAUAAUAACCGUACGCCCGUUUCUGUCUAAAAAUGUAAGUUUGGCCUUUAUAUUCCAAAUGAGAAGAAGGGCCUAAGUCGAAAUCUCGAAGAAAAUGCAUGUUUCGCCGUUUUGUUUUCUUUAAUUAUACAUCGAACUAAAAACCAUUUUAACUAAUUUUCACCUCAAUCUUGUAGUAUUUUUGUUGCAUAAUGUCGUAAUAGCGAAAACGCAGUUUGUUUACAUAUGCGAUUUAAGCCCUAAUGAAAAAUCUAUGUCGAUUUUCCAAAAUUUCAUUGGGAUCCGACCAACAGAUCGAAAGUUACAGCGCUUGGAAGCGCGCCUUGUCUACCAAGAGCAGUGGUGACUUGAAAUUUAAAACUUGAUUAUCUUGAAAAGCCGUUUUUCCCAAAAUGGCUUUUCCGUGAUUACAACUGCCGAAAAACUAUUCAACCGAUCUUCUUCAUUUUUCCGAUUGCUCGUAAUUAAUUUUUCUAGUACCUUAACGAUUCCUUUUUAUGCAUUAAUUUUCAUUUUGUGAAUAAAAAUUUUUGAAUUCAAUUUAUAGUACUCAAAGCAUCGAUUUUUUUUUAAAUGUUCCCGUAUGCAGGAAAAAUUAUCAUUUAUUCAAUUAUUCGUUAAGGUACGAGAAAUACUCCUAUACUAAUGGAAUUUUUUAAGUUUUGGAAUUUUACUUGAUCUGAUGGACUUUUAUGGUGAUACUGCAAGCCUCUUUAAUAAAAACCUGUUUUAAUCCACCUAGAGGUGCAAUUGUGCCUUUCUCAUUUCUCCAAACUAUGAUUUAAUAGCUGGUUCGUACAAUAUAACUUUAUGGAAAUGUCUUUCAUUCUUAUUACACCUUUUUGCAUUCAUCGCGGUAUCGGUUUGAAUCGGAGUUUUCUAUGUGAUCGACCUCCACAACCCGUAACUCCGGUGCUGGAAGUCGGAUGGAGAUGGAAUUUAAUAUCAGUUUCUGGGGACGCAACACCUUUCAUUUGAGACUAAGUUGAGCAAAUCUAGCCAUUUUCGAGAAACCAAUAUAACCGUUAUUCUGACUUUGGAUGCUUCCGGAUCCGUCGAUGGUGGCCAGUGUGGCCAAAGAGACUUUGAAUGACUGUUGGGGACCUAGAUCUACAAAUUCAACAGUUGUGUUUACAUUUUGGAAAAAAAAUCACCUUUUUACAUUCAUCGCAGAAUUCGUUAGAAUCGGGAUUUGCUGCGUGAUCGUACGUAUCACCCUGUAAUUCAGGGACCAGAACUCGGAUCCACACAAAAUUCAACAGCAGCUGAUGGACCUUUCAUUUAAAAUUAAGUUUGUCAAAAUCGGUUCAGAAAAUUCCGAGAAACUGAUUUGGAAAAAUCAACAAAUUUUGUUUUGUAACCAUACUCUUCAACUCGUAAUUCGGAACAAGAUGUCGGUUGAAAAUGAAAUUCAAUAGCAACCUAUGGGAAUAUUAUACCUUUCAUUUGAAUCUUAGUUUGUAAAAAUCGGUUCAGCCAUCUCCAAGUAACCGAUGUGGACAUUUUGUUAACAAAUCCGCACAUACACACACAUACAUACACACAUACAUACAUACACACAGAUAUUUUGCGAUCUCGGCGAACUGAGUCGAAUGUUAUAUGAGACUCGGCCCUCCGGGCCUCGGUUAGAAAGUCGGUUUUUGGAGCAAUUGCAUAACCUUUCUAUAUAAGAAAGGCAAAAGAAUAAUAUUUAAUUAGCUUAAUAAGCAUGAGUUCAAUGUUAUCUUCAUGUGAUUAUAAUUUGCAAAGGUUGGUGGAAUGCGUUUGAACGUGUAGGGAAUGGGAGUUUAGUAGAGUGGGUGUGGAGGAUGCGUCAGAAAUCCUUCAUCUUAUUUCGGUAUACGGGGUGGAUGAAGGAAAUCUGGGCGUGAGGGUGAUCCAAGAAGAGGGGAGUGAUG